AUGGCCUCACCGGAACAAAACGAGCAGAAACCGUCAGACGAACAGAGUUCGGCUAAGAGCACCAGUCCGUUCAAUGAUGAGUUCGCUCAAUUCGCCAAGGAGACGUUGGAACAAUGGAAGGUUCCGGGUGUCUCGCUUGCAGUGAUUGACGGCGAUCAGGUCUAUGCCGAGGGAUAUGGUUUUGCGUCCCUGCCCGAUACACCAGCCACGCCAGAAACGGUGUGGUAUGCCGCAUCAACGACCAAGGCCUUUACUGCGGCCGCUCUCGCUCACAUCAUCGCCGAGAAGAAGUACCCGGCUCUGUGCAAGGGAUGGUCUACCAAGAUAUCCUCGAUUAUCCGCGACGACUUUGUCCUCCAGGAUGAUUGGAUGACCCAGAAUCUUAACCUUGAAGAUGCCGUGUGCCAUCGCACAGGUAUGCCCCGUCACGACAUGGCGAAUCACCGAGAAGACGAAAAGGGGAACAAGCUGUGGCCCCGAGAUGUCGUUCGCAACCUGAGGAACCUUAAAGUCACCGGCGAGCCACGCGCCAAGUUCAUGUACUGCAACAUCAUGUACGUGGUGCUGUCCCAUGUCAUCGAGGCUCUCGCGGGGAAGGGCUUGGGUGAGGUGCUCAAGGAGCAAAUCUGGGAACCGCUCGGCAUGGACUCGACCUAUUUCAGCCCUGAAGAUGCCAAGAAGUCUGGGCCCAUUGCAUCGGGUUAUCACUGGGACAAGAAGGCCGAGAAGUACAUUCCUCUCGAGGAGAUGGCCACCAACGAGAUCAGUGGUGCGGGUGCGAUGCUGUCCACUGUCCUGGAUUACACCAAGUGGCUCAAGUGCCUCUUGCACGAGGAGGCGCCAUUCUCGAAGGAUACACAUAAGGACAUUAAAACACCACGGAUAGUGGGUGCCAUGCCCAACGGCGCCAAGGACGUGAAUAUGUAUGGUCUCGGCUGGGAGCGGACGAUCUAUAGAGGCCACAUCCUCCAUGCACACAGCGGAGGCAUGCACGCCUUUGGAUCGCAAGUAUACUGGCUCCCGGAACACAAGUUUGGCGUGGUAGCGUUCGGAAACACUCUUCUUAGCUCUAACGCUGCCGAAGAUGUUCUUUGCUACAAGCUCAUCAACGACAAGCUUGGUCUACCAGAAGCGAAUCGGCACGAUUAUAACAAGCACUGGAGAGACCUGUUGGAUGGAGCCGCCAAGAGCAACGAGGGUGUUCUUGACAGACUCUACCCUGACAGACCGAAUCCUGCCUUGCCCCCAAGUUUGCAGACGGGCUGCUUCGUAGGCACCUACGAAGAUGCGGGCUACGGAUCCUUUACGUUGCGGGAGGAGCCACACCCUGACAAGCCAGGGGAGACCAUCUUGGUGGCGGAUAGACCUAGAACUACUUGGCGCUACGUGAUGAAGCUCCACCAUGUCACGGGUGACUACUGGAUAAUUUAUACGGAGCUACAGGGCGUUGCGGAUGCCAGAGCGAACAGCACGGUGGGCGGCUUAUUCAAGAUUGGCGUCGACGGCAAGGUAUCGUCGCUGGAUAUCCAUUGGGAGAAUUAUCUCGGUCCAGCCACCGAUGGGGGUGUGGUGUCGUUCAAGAAAACGGAAUGA